AUGACCAAGCAUUUCCGGAAAGAGCAUCCGGCGGAGUCGCUUGACCAUGACGAGGACGCAGACUACUCAGACGUCGAACCGUCCGAGGAUGACCCUUCUGUUGAACAGGAUGGCACAGAUUCCGGUGGCUCAGCAGACUACUUGAUUGAUUCCACGGUCAAAUUGGAACCGACGAACAAUGCAGCAGCCAGCAACUACAAUGCGAACCUCUGGCGACUGCCAGCCCAGACAGCUCAACGCUCGACCCAAGCAGCCCAUACUCAAUCAGGCGCAAACUUGGCCACUAAUCAUCAAGGCCACACAGUCAAGCUUGAGCGUUCGGCGUCUCACGCUUCACAGCGAAAUAUGACCGAUCCUGCCUUAAGUGGGCAUGUCGCCGCAGUAGGUUAUGGUGGUCGAGCCAACAUGUUACCACUUCAGAUUCCACGCUCACACGGUGAUGAUCUUGCCAUGUGGCAGGCGCAGCAGCUUCAUGAUAGUCCUCAUAGUAUCUCUUCGGAUCCGAGUUUCUCUGUGCAAGAUCUCAACAAUACGAGCCCUGUGCCAACUCAUUUCCAGCAAGUCUUGCCCAUCCGCCGACCAAGUCUCCAGCCCGUGCACGAUAUAAUCCUAGAUGAUCCCCGACAAGGACCAUAUACGCAGGAGUCUCAGCAGAACUUCAAUUCCACGCCAACCCCGCAAUACAACCAGACACCACCAGAUUUUCGUGAAGAAAUGCCGCGUACUCCUGCUCCAGGCCAACAAUUACCUCAUUUUUCCUCCGGGCUAUCCAACGCUCAGUAUCAGGAACCACAUAGUCUGCCCCUCGAGGAGUACAACAAUCCUGCUCAUAAUGAUUUAUUCAAUAUGUCACAAGCUCGAGGCGUUAGCCUCUACAUAGACCCAUUGGACGCUUAUAAGGAGCUCAAGAUGGAAGACAACAUCUACACACAAAUGCCAGAAGCUACCUAUGGAUGGAGCUGA